UGCAACACUUGCUACUCAUACUCCUUUCCCCUUUUUCCCUUUUCCCUUUCCCUUUUCUUUUAUGCUCCAAACCCAAAUCAAUUCGCCUUUCGUUUCUCGUGAUACUUACAUCCAUUCCUCUCUCUCAGACCCACAAAUCCCUUUCCCACCAAAACCCUUCUCUAAAACUCUGGAAUCAAAAACCCUUCUUCCUUCUAAUCUCAUGUUCUUCACUGUUCUUCUUCUUCUUCUUCUUCAUCAAUUUCAUCUGGGAAUAGUGUUUUCUCCAUUGCUUCUUCAGGUUUUUCUGUGAUGUCUUCUACUUUUUUCCCUUUUUUGUCUGUUGUUUCUUGUUGGUUGAUUGUUUGCCCUUUUGGGUUGUAGCUUUUCUUCACUUGUUUUUUGUUGAAUCUAUGGUUUUGGGGUUUCUUGGCUCUCUUUUUCGAUGUUUUCUUGUCUGGAAACUGGAAUGUUCUUGGGAUUUCUCUGUUUCUUAGAUGGGUUUUCGUGGGUUUGAAUUCAGUUCUUCCUCUUUCCCUCUUUGAUGGGGUUUCUUGGAAAUUUCCUGUUUCUUGAAAUGGGUAAUGUGGGAAAGUGGGAUUGAUUUUUGCUUUGGUUUCUUUCGGUCUAUUAUGGGGUUUUGCCCUGAAAUGUGUUUCUCUUAGAGGAAGGGAAGUUUGAGGAAGAUCUGGUCUGGCAGCUUCAAUUUCUAAAGGGGUUUUUGUGAAUCAUUUCAAUCUCUUAUGGCCUCUUUGUGUUGUUAUCUCUUCAUUUUGGUUCUUGGGUUUCUUUCAAAUUCCCAGUUUCUGGUAGCUGAGCUUGAUGAUCAAAUCAUCAUGUCCUCCAUUAGAGAGGACCUUCAAGUUCUUGGCUGGAGCUCAAACAUCUCAGAUUACUGUUCUUGGAAAGGUGUUCGUUGUGGUUUGAAUCAUUCCAUGGUUGAAGCUCUUGAUCUUUCUGGUCACUCUCUUAGAGGUAAUCUAACUGUGAUUUCUCAGCUCAAGGCUUUGAAAUGGCUGGAUCUUUCCUUCAAUGACUUCCAUGGAAAAAUUCCAUCGAGUUUUGCUAACUUAUUCGAGCUCGAAUUUCUCGAUUUGUCUUUGAACAAGUUCGAUGGCUCCAUCCCGCCCGAGCUUGGUGGUUUGAAGAACCUCAAGUCAUUGAAUCUCUCCAAUAAUCUACUGGUGGGAGAGAUUCCAGAUGAGCUUCAAGGCUUAGAGAAUUUGAGGGAUUUUCAAGUUUCUAGCAACAGAUUGAAUGGUUCAAUCCCAAUGUGGGUUGGGAAUUUCACUCAUCUUAGAGUUUUUACAGCCUAUGAGAAUGCCUUUGAUGGUGUAAUCCCUGAUAAUCUAGGCUUGGUUUCUGAACUUCAAGUGUUGAAUCUGCAUACUAAUAAGCUUGAAGGCCCGAUUCCUCGAAGCGUCUUCGCUUCGGGGAAGCUCGAGAUUUUGGUUCUAACACAAAACAGAUUGAAUGGGAAUCUUCCUGAAGAGAUUGGGAACUGUAAAAGCCUUACUAGCGUUCGAAUCGGGAACAACGACCUUGUUGGUGUUGUUCCUCCUGCCAUUGGAAAUGUUAGUAGCCUUGCUUACUUUGAAGUGAAUAACAAUCACCUUUCGGGCGAUAUAACGUCUCGGAUAUCGCUGUGCUCUAAUCUUACUUUGCUGAAUCUAGCCUCGAAUGGAUUCACCGGGACAAUUCCUUCUGAGCUUGGAGAACUGAUGAAUCUGCAGGAACUUAUUCUUUCUGGCAACAAUCUGUAUGGUGAUAUUCCAAGAUCAAUGCUCAAGUGUAAGAAUCUCAACAAGCUUGAUUUGAGCAACAAUAGAUUUAACGGUACUAUUCCUUCAGAUAUCUGCAAUGUAUCAAGAUUGCAGUACUUGCUUUUGGAACAGAAUUCAAUCAAAGGAGAGAUACCUAAUGAGAUCGGAAAAUGUACAAAGCUUCUCGACCUCCGACUCGGAAGUAACUACUUAACUGGAAGCAUCCCUUCGGAGAUCGGUCGGAUUAAGAAUUUACAGAUAGCUUUGAACUUGAGUUUCAACCAUUUAAAUGGACCAGUGCCUCCUGAGUUGGGGAAGCUCGAUAAACUGGUCUCGUUAGAUUUGUCGAACAAUCAUCUCUCGGGCGAUAUCCCUUCCGAACUCAAGGGCAUGUUAAGCCUGAUAGAGGUGAAUUUUUCGAAUAAUCUGCUUACUGGUUCGAUUCCUUUUUUUGUUCCAUUCCAGAAAAGUGCAAAUUCUAGUUUUCUAGGGAAUGAUGGCCUUUGCGGGGCGCCAUUAAGCAUUUCGUGUAAAAACUCGAUCGGGUCAUACAAUCAAGAUUACCAUCACAAGGUCUCUUACAAGAUCAUACUAGCUGUCAUCGGUUCCGGGCUGGCAGUCUUCGUAUCAGUAACUAUAGUUGUUUUACUUUUUGUAAUGAAGGAAAAGCAGGAAAAGACAGCUAAAUCUUCAGGGACUGCAGAUGAUGCAACCGUCGAUGAUCAACCGAUUAUAAUAUCAGGAAACGUCUUCGAUGAUAAUCUCCGACAGGAAAUAGAUCUCGACGCAGUCGUUAAAGCAACGUUGAAGGAUUCGAACAAGCUCAUCUUUGGCACUUUCAGCACGGUUUACAAGGCAGUUAUGCCUUCGGGUAUGAUCAUAUCAGUUAAGAGACUAAAAUCCAUGGAUAAGACAAUCAUUCAUCAUCAAAGCAAGAUGAUCAGAGAGCUUGAAAGGCUUGGUAAACUGAGUCAUGCUAAUCUUCUGCAGCUCAUUGGAUAUGUAAUAUAUGAAGAUGUGGCUCUGUUGCUUCAUCAUUAUCUACCCAAUGGGACAUUGGCUCAGCUGCUUCACGAGUCCACAAAACAACCCGAGUAUCAACCUGAUUGGCCAACACGAUUUUCGAUAGCCAUUGGAGCAGCAGAAGGGCUUGCUUUUCUUCAUCAUGUGGCUAUAAUUCAUCUUGAUAUUUCAUCAUCUAAUGUUCUUUUAGAUGCAAACUUCAAACCUUUGGUUGGAGAGGUUGAGAUCUCAAAGCUUCUCGAUCCAUCAAGAGGAACUGCUAGCAUUAGUGCAGUGGCUGGUUCAUUUGGCUACAUUCCACCAGAAUAUGCGUACACGAUGCAAGUUACGGCACCUGGAAAUGUUUAUAGCUACGGUGUUAUCUUGCUUGAGAUCCUCACUACCAGACUUCCAGUUGAUGAGGAGUUUGGUGAAGGGGUAGACUUGGUGAAGUGGGUGCAUGGUGCUUCGUCAAGGGGCGAAACGCCUGAACAGAUACUUGAUUCCCAGCUGAGCACGGUGUCGUUUGGAUGGAGGAAGGAGAUGCUUGCAGCUCUCAAGAUUGCGUUGCUAUGCACUGAUAGCAUACCAGCCAAAAGGCCGAAAAUGAAGGUGGUGGUGGAAAUGCUUAUGGAGAUCAAGCAAAAUUGAUGGGCUCCCGACUUCCCUGAACUUCGAUGUCGUGCUAGAUGCAAACGACGACAUUGGAUAUGAAGAUUGAAUUUGAAUCCUUCACGAAAGUAAUUGUUUUCAGGUGGAACUGAGUGUCCAUACAUUAUUGUACAGUCUGGUCGUUGUUUUCUGAUCAUCAACCAACCAGAUUUGUAUAUUACAUAAUGGUUAACGAUGUAAUCUUCUUUGAGUUGAAUACAGAGUUGUGAAUUGCUCUAAUGAGCUUGGGGGCUCUUCAU